CCAGGGCCCACUUGGAUUAGAUGGCAAACCGGGUCUGCAAGGUACUAAAGGAGAUAUGGGACCUGCAGGACAAAAAGGAGAAAAGGGUGAACAAGGUGACAGCGGUCCACGGAUGGCUUUUCCUCGUUUCGAUCAUGGAUUUCUUUCUAGUGAUCAGCAUUUCUUUAGCCGAAGGAUUCUUAAGGGAGACCAAGGUCAAACAGGCCCUCCAGGCCCACCCGGACCACCCGGUAUUCCAGGACCAAGAGGUCCCCCAGGAGACACAGGAAAAGAUGGCCCAAGGGGACUUCCAGGCUUAACAGGUCCAUGGGGACCUCCCGGAUCAAAGGGUGAACCUGGAAUGCCAGGAAAAAAGGGGGAAGAAGGCAAUCCUGGACAGUCUGGUCCACAAGGACCAGAUGGACAGAAGGGAGAACAGGGUGCUAUGGGACCUCAAGGAGAACGAGGUCCUGAAGGAUUACCUGGAUCAAAGGGAGACAAGGGGGAGCAAGCAGUACCUGGAAUGCCUGGAACAAAGGGUGAAAAAGGAGAACAAGGCCUGGCUGGAAUGAAGGGUCAACCAGGAGAAGAAGGACCCCCAGGACCAAGAGGUCCACCUGGUCUUAAAGGGGAGCAAGGCGACUCCAUAAUCAUUGACUAUGAUGGAAAAAUUAUGGAUGCACUUCAGGGUCCCCCAGGUCCUGCUGGUGUUCCAGGCAUACCAGGUCUACAAGGGCCCACUGGAUCAAAGGGUGAAAUGGGAUUACCUGGUCCUCCUGGAGAAGAUGGAGAAAAGGGUCCAAAAGGCUCUAAAGGAGAUCAGGGAACAGAAGGACCACCUGGUCAGAAAGGAGACAAGGGGGAAAUGGGCUUAUCUGGUCCUGCUGGUCGUGAUGGCCAAAAAGGAGAGAAGGGAGAACCAAGUCCACCAAGCAUUGAGGAUAAUCUUGUUCAGCCAAUAUCUAUACCAGGACCGCCAGGUCCACCUGGUCCACAGGGCCCACCAGGUCUUCCUGGAUCUGUGGGAAUUCCAGGAGUUCCAGGAAUUAAGGGAGAGCCUGGAACAAGUGGAUUGAGAGGUGAUAAGGGAGAUAUUGGCGAAAAGGGAGAACAGGGUCUAAUAGGUUUACCAGGUUCCAAAGGAGAAAAGGGCAGACCAGGUGAACCAGGACUUGAUGGUUUCCCAGGCCUACCUGGAGAGAAAGGUGACAGAGGAGAAAGGGGAGAAAAGGGAGACAAAGGACAAAUAGGCAAAAAAGGAGGAAAGGGGCAGAAAGGAGAGCAAGGCCCUCCUGGGCUGGACCAGCCGUGUCCAGUGGAAAGACAUCGUCCUACAGAACAUAAAGAGGAGGCGGGCUUGCCUGGCCAAAAUGGGUCAGAUGCACCCUGCCCCUUGGGACCAGAUGGCCUUCCAGUACCAGAAUGCUGGCACAAGUGAUCACUAACCAUCACGCAUGGAGUGUGUAAAUAUUAAUGAAGAAUAUUUUUGAACUCUUUAUCAGUUUUGUAAAAAAAGUGUAGUUAAUAAUAUAUUGACCAUUUUAUACUGGACAAUUUAUAUCUGACAUUUAAGACCAUGUGUAGUAAUAUAAACAUUCCCAAUGCAAAGAGAUGUAAAUGUCUGUCUUAUGAAACUGUAACCAGAUGGACAGCAGAUGAAGGGUAUCCCCUCUAGCUUCAGCCUUUAAUGUCUGGAUUUGAAAAGGUGGCUCAAACAGGAUCAAAUAGUAUUCACCGUCUGCUGCAUGGAAUGUGGUGUCAUACAAUAUGAAACAUUUUGCUGAACCCACAUCUUGUUCUGAUUUUCUUGCUAAAGGGAGAAGCAAGGGUGAAAUCUAAAAAGAAAAAGACUUCUCACUCUUAAGGAAGGAAAGGUGCAUUGUCAACCAAGAGAAAAGCUUUGCUGAAUGAAGCGAUGGAGCCCCUCUGCUUGCAGAGGAAAGCAGUCUGCAUUUAGAAUUAGUUAUCUCAGUCUGUAUUCCAUGGCUUGCUACAGACUACAUAUAUUAUGUGUGACUUGACACAGUGAAACAAUGCAGUGUCCAUGUAUGAAGGUGCUUUCCAUAUCUUUCAGCACACCAGCACAGUAUCUGUCAUGUUUGCAGGGAAAACAGUACAACUGAUGCAGUAUUAAAUGACUAGCAUCGCACAUGACUGUCACAGAAUCUAAGGGGCAGGUACAGAGCCUGUACCUUUUACCAUAUGCACUGGAGUUUGAUUUAUUAGUUUGUUAAAUGCAGUGAAUGCCAUAGAUUCCUACAGACUGUAAACAGAGGAACUUUAGUGAACUUUUGCACACAUCAUUGCCAUCUGCAUUACUUUCUGGUGCAUAAGUAAUCAAAGCAUUACUAGUUAAGCAAUAUUAUCUAAACUUUGUUCAUAAGCUAAUGCAGGUGAAUAUAAGGGUAAGAGAUGUGUCUUAUAACUGAUAAGUAUUCAUUUCAUUCAAGUCUUGCAUUAUGUUGUGUAGUAUACAAGACUACUGUUAUAUUUUACAUUUCCUUUCCAUUGUUAUAAUUAUAUAAAUGCAAAAAACAUCAUUUCUUUGUGGACAUAAACAUAGAUGAAUUCUAUAAAUUCACUUAUGUCCUGAAACGGUAUCAUUGUCUUUAUGAUUAAGUUUAAUAGAAACAUGUUCUUUAAAGACUCUGCUGUUAAUUUAAAUUUUGUGCAUUAUUGAAAUAAGGUCUAUCACUAUAAUAUAUGCCUUUACAGUUUAAGCUGCAUGAGUAAUUUGAUGUGAGCCUUCUCUUCUCUAAUCUUAUUGUGAUAACUGGUGAUUCUCAAAAGAUGAAAGGCAUUGUGUGGGAUUUUUACCUUCGAAGUGUAUAAUUUUUUGAGAAUUCUUUUCUAAACACCGCCAGUAAGUUUUUAGUUAAGCCCACCAUUGAUGAGCUCUGUCUGUUAAACAUAGAACAAAAUGAUAGUCCUGUUAAAAGUAAUAUAGUUAUCCCACAUUUGAUCAGUACAAGGAUACAACAGACUUCACAGGCAGAGCUGUAAAGUUUCAUUUACAAUGAAUGAGGUGAAAUGGGAACAUUUUUUUAAUUUCGUUGUUAAAUGUGUCCAGUUUAAUUCCAAGUCCCACUUUUCAGAGAUGACCCUGGAGCACUAUCUGUUAAGCACACUUGUGGUUUGCUAACCAUAAGACAGUGAUGUUUACAUAUAUAAAUUCUGAUACACUGUAUACAGAAUAAACCAUAUAAUAUAGCAUGCCAGCUGCAAUAUUGUAGUAACAUUUUUAUCGGUACCCACUUCUCCCUCAAAGUGCUGCUUUUAUCUGUAUUGUAAGUAUAUAUAUAUUGGAAAAAUGCAACUGUUUAUUUUUAUCUAUAAUCAAAAUGUAUAAAAUUGUGCAUGUUACACUAAAAGCUUAGCGCUAAAACUUACUGGCUCAGUAAUCGGUACUUGAGUUGAAAGAACAGUAAUUCCAGUAUAACAGACUGUUACAUGCUAAACAUUUUUACUAAAAGAUUGUCUGACAACUUGGGUAAGCUUCUUCUCUGAUUCCACACUAGAUAUGCUUGGUAGAGCAACUUAAAGUUUGCCACUUGAGACAAUAAGUAAUCAAAUCAUUGAAAUACUGCUGUUAACAUUGCCUGCAAAUUUCAAAGUUUUACAGUACGGGUUUAAUGAUGCAGCCUUCUAUAUGUCUAACACAUGUAGGUAUUAUAAAUGAGACACAUACUUAUAUUUACCUCAGUCAGUUUACUUGCUCUUUAAAACUAUUGCAAACUUCACUGUUAUAAUAUACUGGAGUGUGUGAUUUCCUGUAAUAGUCUAAUCUUCAGGCAGAGGUUAAGACAAUAUAUUGUUCUAACACUUUAAUAUCCUGCUGUAGAUGUAUCUUGAUGUUUCUGGUCUUUUCUCCUAGUUUUAUUGUUUUUGCUCAUCCCUCCAUUGCUCUGCUAAUUUUAUGGUUAAUUAAGACACAUUUAAUAUUGGACUGCAAUCCUUAACUCAAGAAGAACAUUUAAAUGUUAGUAAUGAAGGUAACGGCAAAUAUUAGACAUGCACAUUUCUUUUUAUUUUUCCCAGAAAAUACAUGCUAGCAAAAUAACCUUGUUGUAGAACCUUUCAAAUUGGAAAACAGCAAUAUUUAAAAAAGGUCCCCAGUCUUUGCCUCAGGUUACACCACUUAUUUGGUUUAACCCAGAGCACUGAACUAACGGAUUGACAACAUAUCGCUACCUAAUUAAGACACUUUACUUUUUCAUAAACUAUAGCCCUGCACAACAAAUAAUUGGCAGAAGUUCACUACAUGCAGUUAUGGUUCUUGUAGUUCUUAGGCAAUACAUAUUAGCUGUCAAGCUUCAGUUUCAUUCUAAGUUCAUACUCAGCAGCUAGAUGUCCCAGUAACUGCAAGCUUAAGCCUACAAAUGUAUGCGUUUCUUUGUAUGUUUAUAAAUGCUGCACUGCCUACAAUGUUUCUCUUCAGGUUACUCCAGGGUUGUAAUGAUGACCAUCUUGCCUUAACAUUAACUUAUUCUAAAGUAUAUUAUAAUAACAAGCUGUAGCAUUCAUUAUUUCUGUAUAUGUUAGCAUAUCAGUCUUGUUAAAAAAUCCAUGUUAGGCAUGCAGAAGCCACAGAAUAUAAUCUUACGUGAGAGCAGAUAAAACUUCACAUGGAAAGUGACACUUGGCUAAGCAAACUGCUAAAUACAGAGAAUGAGCCACUGAAAACGAAUUCCUAUAAAAUGACCGUGGGCCUAAAAUAAACAUUUUACACUACAUUUAUAUUUCUGUACUGCCUCUGAAUUUCACAAACUAGAUUUCUUUCACAGGAAAUGAUGAAGCUCAUGUUACUGAAAUACCAAGGGAUCCACUAUGAAUAAUUACAUCUAAUUAAAUUGGCACAUGAUUAUUCAAACGCAAAAUAUCUAACAUCUUGGGAGGUCACAAUUCAGGUACACUCUUAAUGGCAAAAAAUACAAAAUACAUUUUUAUGCAUGUGGUAU